AUGACUGAGGUCGGACUCGCCGACCGCCUCGAGCUUCUGCGAUUAAAGCGGGCAGAAUAUAGCUCAAUCGUGCGAUCGCGCAAACGCAAGCUGCGCGAACUUUACGCUGUCGCGACCGAUGGCGAUGGCGCCCUCAAUCUAAACAAAUUCGACGUCGACGCGCCGCCAUCCACCACCGGCGAAACAAAAUUCUUGCUUGACACAGACAUCUUACAAGGUCGUCCGCUCAGCGACGCGCGCAUCCCGACACGACAAAAGCCCGACCUUGAGACGCUCAAGCAGUUCUUUGCAUCCGCGUCUGCUCCCUACCUGAAGGAAGCAGGCAUUGACACGCGACCCACCGUCGAAAACGGCGCGCCACCGACACCAACAACACAAGAUCACGACGCUCCCUCGAUCACCCUUCCCGAAUCACAUCUUGCGUCAACAAGCGGUCGCAAUGCCCAGGAUGCUCUUGAGAAUGCGGCCACACAACGCCGGUCCCCGGUUCAGGGGACACUGCCAGCGUCGGCAUCACCAACGGGCGCGGAUUCUCAAUCCAGGACACCUUUGUUAACUCCCCAGACAACAGCCGGUUUGGCGGCUCUGAACGGCGAGAGGCCAGAUGGCAUCCCGCACGAUGGCAAGGCAUCACCCGCCUUGGCAGCAGAGACAGCGACGACCCAACCGGUAGUGAAUGGCACGAAGCCAGAAGCACCAACGACACCGACAGCACCCGCAGUUGCGUUUGCGCCACGGGACGAAGAUGCGAUGGAUGUGGACAGCGCGGACGCGAAGCUCGCCAACUCGCCUGACAAUGCUACCAACGAUGCGGCAAAGGCUGGCGACAUUCCCUCGUCGCCUGACUCUAUCGCCCAGACGGCCACGACGCCCGCGGUACACGACGUGUCAGUAAACACGAGUCCCGAUAACGAGAACGAGUCCUACGCCGAAAGCGACGAAAAGGCCGAACUGCGCAGCAGCCAGGGGAAGACGGAGGAUCAGAAUCUUGCCGAUGGGGCCCGCGACGCUACCGUCGAGGCACAACUGCUCCAGGAAUCUGCUGCGGCUGGUGAGAGCCAAGCAGCGACCAGCAGCGAAGCAAACAAGACAAAACCACAAGCACAACCGACAACUCCAGCGGCAGCCACUCAAAGUCCAUCGCAGGCUAUGGAAGUGGAUGAGACGACUGAGGAUCCUGCAAAGAAAGAGACUGCGUCGCAGCCAGCGCCAGCACCGGCAACGACGGACGCGACCAGCUCGGCAUUGACCAGACCGACAACGGAGUCGAGGCCGUCCGCAUUGAACCACAUGAACGGCCAGGCGGGCUAUGUCAACGGGGCUGCCAGUCCCUCUGUUCUCGCCACUCUCCCGACGCCUAAGCCAUCGACCGGCGAUGCAAGCGAGAAUCUUACCCUCGGCGAUCUGGUAGUGGCGGACAUUCGGAAGGACAGCAAGAGAAAGGCACCGACGGUCUUGUUCGGCAAGCAGAAGAAGAGCAAGCCCGAGACUACGAUCGUCCCGUCCAACCUCGCCAAGUCGGAGAACCUGUUCGCCGAGGACUACUUCACCCCGCUCUUCGUGCAGACGUUUGCGCAAAACUCCAAGUGGCUUAAGAACCUCGAUCAGUUAGUGCAUCAUGCGCGGAAGACCAUCUCCAGUGCCGACAGCCAAGCAUCGAUUUUCGACAACCAAUCGUGCAAGAUCCUGAAACGCGUCUAUCAUCUUCAGCAGCAGGAUAAAUGGUCACUGCGCCAGCCGAAGCGCGCCCAGGAGCCCGUGAGACAAAAGUCGCAUUGGGAUGUGAUGCUGCAGGAGGUGAAGUGGAUGCGGACCGAUUUUCGGGAAGAACGCAAGUGGAAGCACUCGGCUGCUCGCCGUCUGGCUCUUGCCUGUGCCGAAUGGGUCCACGCAACACCCGAGCAACGGAAAGCUCUGCAGGUCGUUGCUAGCAUCCCGCCGCGGCGCAGCGCUGAGACGGACGACUUGCAGAUGAUUGGCAAUGCUAUGAUUGAUGCCGCGCACGCGGACGAAGCUCGGGACGCGGCGGCUGGUCUUGACGCAGACGAAGUGGACCUGGUCGAUGACGGUGAUUUCACGGAAGCUGUUGUUCCGUUUGCGACUACCGUGGCGCCCUCUGCCAUUUUCGCCCUGCAAGACGAUGCGGUCGUCUUCGAACUCAACCCGUCUGUGUCCUCUGACCGCCUCCUUGCCGAACUGCCCAUGUAUGGCUCGCCCCUCGAAGUGCCCAAGGCCGACCUGACGUCCAAAGAUCAAGAUCCAGAUGCCGCUUGGCGCCGCCCUGUUGUUCCCGUCAGCAAGUACAUUGAGACGCCAAUUGUGAUUAAGCGGAGACCACUGCUGCAAAAACAGAGCCGAUAUGCCAUUGACGACGAGGACGACGAUGACGAUGUCGAGGAAUUUGUGGACGAGACGCCAGCCGGCGGAGCGACCGACAAGAAAGUGACGCGCAACACAGCUGCAGCUGACAACAUUGUCGGGCUGUUCGACCCGAAUCUGAAGACGAUGCGUGAGCGCUUGCACGCUGGUCACCAGUUUCGCCCUCCGUCUGAAUAUCCGAUGCCGAUGCCUGGAUUCUAUGAGUACCGGCCACCAUCGCAAUGGACCGUGGCGGACGACGAUCAGUUGAAGAAGCUCGUGCGCGAGUACUCGUACAACUGGGCGUUGACGGCGAGCCUUCUUGCCCCCAAGUCGCUCUUUGCGUCAGGAGCCGAGCGGCGCACGGCGUGGGAAUGCUUCGAGCGGUGGGUCAGCCUCGAGGGCUUCCCCAGUGAUGCAUCGCGGUCGCCAUACUUCAAGAUGUACCAGUCACGGAUUGACGGUGCGCAGAAAGCGAUCCGCGAGGCGAACGAAAAGGCCGUGGCUGCCGCAGCCGCAGCCACAGCCGCGGCCGCAGCGGCGGCGCAGACCAAUGGCAGUGGCGGCUCAGCACCACCGCCCCCGACACCAGUGCAAAGACGUCGACCUACUCUUGCUAUGCGGGUAGAGCGUCACCGCAACCAGAGGCAUCUGGCGACAUUUGAAGCCAUGCGGAAGCUCGCGAAGAAGCGUGAGGCCAUCCAGCACAAGCAGCAGCAGCAGGCAGCCAUUGUGGCUACCCGGAAGUCAAACGAGCCGCCUCAGCAGCGCCCUGCGAUGAAGUCACCACGGGAGUACAGCAGAAUGCGAGCUGAGCGCGACCAGCGGAUGGCUGAACGCCUGGCCGAGUUUACGCAGCGGCAGGCGGAGAUGCACCGCAAGAACCAGUUGAUGGCUCGCCAGCAGAACCAGGGCAUGGCUGUUGCCGGUCCUGGCGUACCGCCUCAAGUCGCGGCACAGAUGGCCGCCGCGAACGGCAUGGCCAUGGCUGCUCGGCCGAACGUGCCCGUUGCGCCGCACGGCGUCCCCAUGCGCAACCCGCAGCAGCCGCGGCCGCGGAUGCCCAUUCAGAGCCCGGCGAACCCCAUGCAGGGCCUGCCACACAUUGCGAUGAACAGCGCUGGCACGCCAGUCCCGAUGACGAGCGUGCAACAGGCCCAGCUGCAGCAAGCCCUGCAGGCGCAACAACGCCUCCACAUGGCGCAGGCGCAAGCACAGGCUGCGCAGGGUGGCCAGCCGGACAUUAACCUUGUCCUGCAGGCUCGGCGCAUCCAGGACCAGCAACGGGCCGUUCAGAUGCAACAGCAGCAGCAGCAACAGGUGCAGCAACAACACCAAGUGCAGCAGCACCAACAGCAUCACCAGCAGCAGCAGCAGCAGCAGCAGCAACAGCAGCAGCAAUUGCACCAUCUGCAACAACAGAUGCACCACCAGCAGUUGCAGCAGCUGCAGAUGCAACAACUGGCGCAGCAACAGCAGCAUCAGCAGCAACAACCGCAACACGUACUGAACACCCAACAGCACACACCGCUCGCUCAACACGCCCAACUCAGCCAGCAGGGCCAACACUCUCCACACCUCACCCCGCAGCAGCAACACCAACUACAACAACAGCAGAUCUUAUUGCUGCAGCAACAACAUAUGCAGCAGCAAGCGCAGCAACAGGCACAGGCACAGUCGCAGACGCCGCAGUCGCAGCAACAGGCUCAGCAGGCCCAGCAGGCCCAGCAGCAACAGCAGCAACAGCAAGCGGCCGCACAGCAGGCGCAAAAGGCCCAACUGGCGCAACAGGGCCAGCCCAUGGUGAAGGCGCCGUCUGUGCUCCAAGGCUCGCCGACCGGCAUCCGACCGAUGAACAACCAGCAAAACUUUAUGGCUAACGGCCAGGGCAUGGCCGGCCAGUUCAACACCGCCAACGGCGCGCCCAUGGGCAGCCCUGUGGGUGUUGGAAUGGGCAUGGGUGGCCCUAUGGCGGCCAACUCGCCCUCGCCGCGCCCAGCGAUGCCGGCCCAAUCGCCCCUCCCGCCCAACAUCAUGGCGCAGAUUCGCGAGCUGGAGAACGGCUUCCGUGCCAAAAACCCCAGCCUGACUGCAGAGCAAGCUCGUACGAUGGCCAUCCAGAACUACUCGCAGAUUAUGAUGAUGCAGCGUGCUAGCGCCAUGCACUCGGCGGCGGGCGGCGGACCGCAGCAGGCACUGGCCGGCACGAGCCCGCGGCAGUACGCGCAGCUGCUCCGAGCCCAACAGGCCCAGCAGGUGCAGCAAGCCGCGUCGGCACAGCACCACGUCUCACAGGCCGCACAACAAGCGCAGGCUGUGCAGGCGGCCCAGGUCGCGCAGAUGCAAGCCGCACAAGCGGCUCAGGCUGCCCAGCAAGCACAGCUGCAAGCCCAAACACAGGCUCAGGCUCAGGGCCAGGGCCAGGGCUCGGCCGGAUCGCCGUCGAAUGUUGCCGCGUCUCCACUGCUUGCCCAGCAACAGCAACAACACCAAGCAGCCCAGCUGGCACGCCAGGCGAAUGGCAACAACGCUGUGCCCAAUGGCAGCGCCCAGACGCCAUCGAGCUAG